AUGCUCACCCGCGCACAGAUACUCCAGGGUCACGUGCGCGAGCUGAUGCCGACGUUUCAGUACGAGGAGUUCUUGAAACGGCCCGACGAGCACGUGACCAAGAUGUUGCUGGCCAAGAAGACGGGAAAAGGACUAGAACCGGAUACAGGGCCUUCAACGAACGGGGAUGGCGAUGCAACAGAAGAAAUUGAUGUGCUCGCUCCAGUGGUUGCGGUCCGAAGUGGAGAGAGCUGA